AUGGCGCUUCAAGCUGCUUCUUUGGUCUCCUCUGCUUUCUCUGUCCGAAAAGAUGGAAAAUUAAAUGCUUCAGCAUCAAUCAAGGAGUCUAGUCUUUUUGGUGUUUCGCUUUCCGAUGAAAAUAAAUUUGACUUUGUCUCUUCCUCCUUGAGAUGCAAGAGGCCACAUAGCUUGAGUAAAAAUGGAGCAAUAAUUCGAGCUCAAACAAUCGCAACUUCGGCCCCAUCGGUCACAAGAUCUUCCUUAGACGGUAAGAAAACCCUUAGAAAAGGAAACGUGGUGGUCACGGGAGCUUCCUCAGGGCUAGGGUUAGCAACGGCAAAGGCACUAGCCGAGACAGGUAAAUGGCACGUGAUAAUGGCGUGCAGAGACUUCCUCAAGGCCGAGAGAGCCGCUAAAUCCGCAGGGAUGCCUAAGGACAGCUACACGGUGAUGCAUUUGGACUUGGCGUCUUUGGACAGCGUGAGGCAGUUCGUUGAUAACUUCAGGCGAACCGAGAUGCCUCUCGAUGUGUUGGUCUGCAAUGCCGCGGUUUAUCAGCCAACAGCUAAUCAACCAACUUUCACUGCUGAAGGAUUUGAGCUUAGUGUUGGGACGAACCAUCUGGGACACUUUCUUCUCUCAAGAUUGUUGAUUGAUGACUUGAAGAACUCUGAUUACCCGUCGAAACGUCUCAUCAUCGUCGGAUCCAUAACCGGAAACACUAAUACAUUGGCGGGUAAUGUACCUCCCAAGGCCAAUCUAGGGGAUUUGAGAGGACUAGCGGGCGGAUUGAAUGGACUAAACAGCUCCGCGAUGAUAGAUGGAGGAGAUUUCAACGGCGCAAAGGCAUAUAAAGACAGUAAAGUCUGCAACAUGUUAACAAUGCAGGAGUUUCACAGGCGUUUCCAUGAAGAAACCGGUAUCACUUUUGCUUCCCUUUACCCUGGUUGUAUAGCGACAACCGGUUUGUUCAGAGAGCAUAUUCCUCUCUUCCGUACCCUCUUCCCUCCAUUCCAGAAAUACAUCACCAAAGGUUACGUCUCCGAGAUAGAGGCUGGCAAAAGACUUGGUCAGGUGGUGAGUGAUCCGAGCUUGACGAAGUCGGGAGUGUACUGGAGCUGGAAUAAGACCUCGGCUUCAUUCGAGAAUCAGUUGUCUCAAGAAGCUAGCGAUAUCGAGAAGGCACGUAGGGUUUGGGAAGUCAGCGAGAAGCUCGUAGGCUUGGCCUAA